UUCGAUAUCUCGUCGAUGGAGGACAAGCCAUGGAGGAAGCCAGGAGCUGAUCUCAGCGACUGGUUCAACUACGGCUUCAACGAGGAGACCUGGCAGGCCUACGGCCAGAAGCAGGUCCAGCUGCGGAGGAUGAACGCCAUGCAGGCGAGCAUCCAAGUCGUUGAGUCCGACCGCAGCGCCAGCAGCAACCAGAACAAG